AUGGAGAGGAGACCCGAGAACAUCAGAUCAGAACUUAGAGAUCAUUCCAUGCCACCGCUCCCACCCUCACAGCGCGCCGAGAUGUGGGAUGUCACAGAAGACGACUUCUGGCGUAGGAAUGCCAUUGAGCGCCACGACCAAUUCUCCCAACACUCCCAGCGUUGGAAUCGCGACAGAUCAUCCAUCAUAGCCCACAUACGCGGUGCCAAGGCCGAAAUCCGUGAACUCGGAGAACAGGAGGGCAAGCUCAGUCGAGAGCUUGCCGCUAUUCGCAGUCGGACGGCCCUCGUCAAUGAGACAUACAGCCAGGAAGCCCAACGCUUGAACAGCAUAGACACUCAGCAUAGCGUGGAGAAGCAAGGUCUGGUCAAGAAGCACGAAAGAAUCGAAGCUCAAAUGAACGACUGGUUUCGGCGAUGCAGAAAUCAAGACGGUGUCAACGAACGACGACUGGCAUUGCCAGAGCUUAUUGACAGGAGGCCCCCGGAGAGACAGCUCAAGCUGCCGCCGCUGGCAAAUUUGCACCUUCCUAGAGAGAUGCCCAAGAAUGACGAUAGAAUGGUUGCCAUCAUCGACUCCGCUGUGCAACGGGCCACUGUCAAAGCGUAUUCAUCGCACUGCAGUCCACCGCAGGUACAAAUGUCUGGGUUCAAAGCCGUGAAUCAGGCUGUCAAGUACGAACCGGCCUCACCAGUACCCAGCGCCGUCCCAUCUCUAACAGCUUCCAGCAGCACCAGUUACCCGAGGAGCCCCAAGGCCUCGGCCUCGGAAUGCUCCAUUCCGCGGCCAAGAGCGAAGAUAUUCUUUGGCCCAAUGGAUGCGGCGCCAAGCUCAAAUGACAUUACAAAAGAAACGCUCAUCUUACGGCACGACGGCACUUUCUAUACAUAUCCCGAAUGUAUCGCAGGAGUGCCUUUGGAAAAGAUAACCCCAAGCCAUCCAUAUUGGGAGACUAAGUGGCCCGAGUUGCAAACCUUGACAGAGCCGAUCCUGCGCUCGUGGGAGGAAAAGUUUCAGUCGGUGGAGGCGGCCAGCAGAGUCCAGAAUGGUGGUGGCAGCGUCAAGUAUCAAUACGGAACGCCAACCAAAAAAUACGUUAGCGUGGGCAAGGGCAGCAUAACUUCCUACGACACCCUGUUUCGGCUCUGCGAGACAAUCGAGGCGCUGGCCAACUACAAGACAGAUGUCGGGCCCGUCGACUGGAUGCGUCAGCGUCUGCACGAGUUGAUUACGGCGCAGGGCUCUGACUUCAACUUUUCCAAGACCAUUCACGGCUUCUACAACGAUCCCAAGCUGGCAGCGCUCCGCCAGAAAUCAGGAUUCAAGACCAUCGGGCGACCUCCGGGCGUCAAUGUGCCUUCGACGUCGAGCCAGCGCAAGCGCAAGCGCAAGAGCCCUCCAUCAUACGGCACGCCAAGCCCACGGGCUAAGCCGCCCAGUGCUAAGCCUUUGACGGCUAAUCCUUUUGACGCCGACCAAGACCCGGAGGGAAAGAAGCAACAGGCGGUAACCAAGGUGCUAGACAGCCUGAAGACGGGCGAAGUGUCGGAUGCGGACUCGGUGAGCGGGGCGACGAUUAGCGGGUUCGAUUUCCGAAUCUACCAGAUCAAGACGCGGCUGUUUACGAGCUCGGAGAAGGCGACGCAGUACUGGAGAUGGGUGCCGGAGAACAGCAUGUUUGAGCACCAGGUCCCGCAUGACAGGAACUCGGCGGGCUGGAGCAUGCACCGCGAGCCGGUCGACUUCAGCGUGCGCCUGGAGGACGUGGUGAAGAUUUCGUGGAACCUCAAGGCGCUGCGGGUGUACCUGGUGAUGAGCGACAGGCACAUCUGCUUCGAGGAUAACAAGCCGAGGGGAGACGUCAUGGUGGCGUUUAAGCGGUGGAACACGAUGAAGAGGUUCAUGCAGUUUUGCCGACGCAAGGAGAUUGAGCUGGUGGAGGGAACAUGGAAGAAGAUGGAGCAUCUAUGGGGGACGAUGCACCCGCAGUGA